CACAUCCCUGCCGUCACCAGCGUGUCGUACACAGAGAGCGCGCCCCGGGCUGUCCCGUCCACUCCGCACACCCCAUAUCGAUCGGUUCUAUUCUCGUCUCUCCUCGCGGACCUUCGGUGUAUACAAUGGACCAAUCCUCGUCGUACCACCAGCAUCAAUCCCACCAGUCCCAGCAGUCCCAUCAUCCGCGCCAACAGCUCUUCCCUCAGGGCGGCCAACUCCCUCCGCCUUCCGCUCUCCAGCUCCCGAUGCCCUCGUUCACCCGCUCCAAUACCCUACCGCCAAUACCCGCAAUGUCGCACGCACCCGAUGCGCGUUAUCCACCGCCUUCUUAUCACCCCUCUCUCGCAACGCCCUCCAGCUCGGCCGGUACGCUUGCGAGCCCUUCGAGUUCAAGCCACGCUCCUGCGCCGUGGUCGGGCCAUCGCACGAGUAGUUCGCGCGACGAGACUCAUCCCAGCAUGAGGAGACGGGAGAGCAGGGGGAAAGCAUUGGACGGCUCUCCAAUGAGUGAUGGUAUGCGUGAGUCGCAGGGCAACUCGCGACACCAGUCAUUAGCUGUGCCUACCGAUCAGGGAAAGGAUGGCGAUGAUGGCUUGAGCUCGACGAGCGACUUCGUGAAAAAGCUCUACAAAAUGCUGGAAGACGCUUCGUUUCAGCAUGUUGUGUCGUGGAACCAAGCUGGCGAUGCAUUUGUCGUCAAAGACAUGAACGAGUUCACCAAAUCUAUCCUCCCACGAAUGUUUAAACAUUCAAACUUUGCUAGUUUUGUUCGACAGCUGAACAAAUAUGACUUUCACAAGGUUAAAAAUUCUGACGACAACCAAUUUGGAGAACACAGCUGGACCUUUAAGCACCCGGACUUUCAGAUUGAUCGGCGAGACGCUCUUGAGAACAUCAAGCGUAAAGUACCCGCCCAACGGAAGUCCACAGCCAAUGUUCGGGGUCAAGGGAAUUCACCUGCCGUUUCCCCCUCGGACGGCGUUGACAAUGCAGUCAUUCAGUCGUUGCAGGCACAAGUCGAAAGACUAACGCAGGCUCACGACGAAAUGGCAUCGCACAUUCGACAUCUGGAGAACAAUUACCAGUCCGUCCUUGGCGAGAUGGUCAACUUUCAAAGGAACAUGGCCCAGCAGGACGGAUUAAUGCAGAACUUAAUUCAGUACUUUUUACAGCUGGAAAAUGCCAAGAUUAAGGAGGAGCAGAACGGCAAUAAUGCCAACGGGAACAUGAACGGAGGGGGAGGUCCUUUUGCCGACCAGAACCCCUUUCUUGCUGCCCGGGAGGCGCAAAGAAUGGUCGGAAAUUACCCGGAGAACGACGUGGCGCGUGCUUCGUUGGAACAACUCAAUGAGAUUUCACGGAGAGCAGCUGCGGCGGGCAUGAACUUCGCGAACGGUGGUGUUGCAAAUGGCAACCGACCAGUAACACCGAAUUCCGCUACCCGAAUCCUUGCCACCGCGGCAGGUAUGGUGCAGAAUCCGAACCAGCAGAUCACGGGGACCCAGCAACAGCAGGAGCAACAGAGUCCUAGCCAGUCAGACGAUCAGAGUCAGGAUCAGACGAAUACAUCUCUGGCUAACCUCAGCCGAGAAGAUGCUCUGCAACGUAUCGAAGAACUUGCUCGGCAGAGGCCGUCGUCUGCCUCGGGUCGCGCGGCUGGAAUGCAAGCGGGCGCACCUCAGCAACAAAUGCUCCCAAGUGUUCAAUAUGCGAGUGGUUCUGAGCCGUUCAUCAUGCCUGGACCAGAAUCCGGUGCACUUGAUCUGUACGCUGGUGUAGGGGGCGGUCCGGCACUAGUAAAUGGACUAACCCAUUCAGGUCUCCAAGUGUUUACUCUCGGUCACCUCAUGCCGAAGUCGACGGGCGACGAUGACAGUGCGAUCUGGAGUUUCGAUGCAUCACGGUCAGGGCUCGUCCAGCAGGUACAACAGCAACAGCAGGCCUCUUCAUCGGCUGCUGCGCAGGCUUCAACAUCGUACGCUAGUACGUCUACAAAUGGCGCAUCAUCGGCAAUGCCCAAUGGAGACUACGACUCAUCUGUUGAUGGUGGUACCGUAACUCGUCCUGGGAGCGCUCAAAAGCUUCGUGUACGUCGUUCGACCUUUGUCCCUGGAUGGGCGGUUCCACCACGUGUGCUUCUUGUCGAUGACGAUGCCGUAAGCCGAAAACUUUCUAGCAAGUUCCUGCAAGUCUUCGGCUGUACGAUUGACGUUGCCGUCGAUGGUGUCGUCGCUGUAAACAAGAUGAAUUUGGAGAAGUAUGACUUGGUAUUAAUGGACAUUGUGAUGCCGAAGCUUGACGGUAUAUCAGCGACCUCAUUGAUUCGACAAUUUGACCACAUGACACCGAUUAUCUCCAUGACAAGUAACUCGAAACCAAAUGAGAUCAUGACAUACUAUAGCCACGGCAUGAACGACAUUCUGCCCAAGCCAUUCACCAAAGAAGGCUUGUUGAGUAUGCUUGAGAAACACCUUACUCAUCUCAAGACCAUUCAACAACUCUCAAAAGUUCCACGGUCCGUCGGAAUCCCUCCGCUAUCCGACAGCCAGUUCGACCAGGCUCUCAUGGUCACAGCGAGCCAGUCCGCGCCAGAUGAAGAAGGCGGAAAGAUUAACCCGCUUGCUGGUAUGGGCCUGUCGGACGAGGAAUAUGCACAGAUCCUACAGGGCAUCGUAAACGGCGAGACCUUCCAAGGCUUACAUCCAAACUUCAACCUAAUCGAAAAGCGGACACUUGAUGACUCGUCAGACGGGCGAGACGGCAAACGAGGUCGCUUUGAAGUCAUCGAAUAAUGUAUAUGUACCUCUUUUUUGUACACAUUCCUUUUCAAAUUUUCGUCUUUUAUAUCCUUUCCAGCAUAUAUCGUGUACUCCACACUGCACGCCUUAUGCCCUCCUCUCUCUUUCGUCAUAUAUCUAAAUGAUUCCCAAUUGUCCACCACUUCUUUGCUGUCCUCUUAACCAUCAUCAACCAACCUGGACAACAGGACUUUCUUGAUCACCCUCGCUCUCAUUCUUGCUCCUCCCAUGUUUGUCGUUGUGCAGCAGUGCCUUUCUCCGUCCGUCUGCUAGCUCUUCAUUAUCUGUCUCUUUUACCGCUGCAGCUCUUUCACACUUUUCACUUUCAUAUCCAUUUCCC